GUCUUAUGACCCGCGCUGAAGCUCCUAGUCCUGGCUUUUGCAGCAGUGAAGUCGGUGGUCGGUGGCUGUCUUUUCCCGUUUCUUCUGCCUUUUUCGUGGCGUUGCUGCUCUCGUCGCCGUCGCCGCCCCCUACUCUGCAGGAUCAUGGUGUGCUUCCGCCUCUCCCCGGUUCCGGGCUCGGGGCUCGUUCUGCUCUGCCUCGUCCUGGGAGCUGUCUCAUCUUACACAUUAGAGCUUAAUUUGACAGAUUCAGAAAAAGCCACUUGCCUUUAUGCAAAAUGGCAGAUGAAUUUCACAAUACGCUAUGAGACUACAAGUAAAAAUUAUAAAGUUGUAACCAUUUCAGACCUUGGCAAUGCAACAUACAAUGGAAGCAUCUGUGGGGAUUAUCAGAAUGGUUCCAGAAUCGCGGUGCAAUUUGGAUCUGGUUUUUCCUGGAUUGUGAAUUUUACAAAGGACGUGUCUACUUAUUCAAUUCACAGCAUUUCAUUUUCCUAUGAUACUAGUGAUAACUCAACAUUCCCUGAUGCUGAAAAGAAAGAGUUUUUGUGUGAAAAAGAUAAAACUUUAACCACAGUGGUGCCCACUACUGUGCCAUCUCCUACUACAACACCCACUCCAAAGGAAAAACCAGAGGUUGGAUCCUAUUGGGUUAAAAAUGGCAAUGGUACUUGUCUUCUGGCUACAAUGGGACUGCAGCUGAACAUAACUCAAGAUAAGGUUGCUUCUGUUAUUAACAUCAACCCGAAUACAACUCACUUCACUGGCAGCUGCCAUUCUCAAACUGCUCUACUUAGGCUGAACAGCAGCAACAUUAAAUAUCUUGACUUUGUUUUUGCUGUGAAAAAUGAAAACCGAUUCUAUUUGAAGGAAGUGAAUAUCAGCAUGUAUUUGGUUAAUGGCUCUGUUUUCAGCAUUGGAAAUAACAAUCUUACCUACUGGGAUGCCCCCCUGGGAAGUUCUUAUAUGUGCAACAGAGAGCAGACGGUUUCAGUGUCUGGAGCAUUUCAGAUAAAUACCUUUGAUCUAAGGGUUCAGCCUUUCAGUGUGGUAGAAGGAAAGUAUUCUACAGCUCAAGACUGCAGUGCAGAUGACGACAACUUCCUUGUGCCCAUAGCGGUGGGAGCAGCCUUGGCAGGAGUACUUAUUCUAGUGUUGCUGGCUUACUUUAUUGGUCUCAAGCGCCAUCAUGCUGGAUAUGAGCAAUUCUAGAACCUGCAAUCUGAUUGAUUAUAUAAAAAUACAUGCACAUAACAGGAUUUUCUUGUCUCUUAGUUUUGAAACACUUUGCUCCUUAAGCUUGAUGUUUGAAACUAAUUCUUAAAUCAGUCCCAGCAUUUUGAGAUAAAUCUUUAUUGAUAAAAACUGUUCUCUUUGAUCAGCUUAAAAUAAAAAAUGUUGUAUUUACUGGUCCUGAAGACAAACUUGUUAAAAAGAACAUUGGUGUGCAGUGUGUUAAGGUCUAUCUUAAGAAGCCUUGGCCAAAAUUGAUCCUAACAUAAGAUGCCAUAAACUUAUUAACAUGGCCAUUAUAUGAAUAAAAUAUGUAGCUGUCUCUUAAUGGAAUUAAUAAAUAUUAUUUCACUA